CUCAGUCGUAGUAUAAAACAGAUGGUUGCGCCUUGGAGCACGCAUACAGACACGUUAAGUCAUUCAUCGAAGGAGCCAGGCUACCUCCAGAAAAAACAAAAUGAGGGAAAUUGUGCAUCUCCAGGCCGGUCAGUGCGGAAACCAGAUUGGUGCCAAGUUUUGGGAGGUGAUCAGUGAUGAGCACGGCAUUGACCCAACUGGCACAUACCACGGUGACAGUGACCUGCAGCUUGACAGGAUCAAUGUCUACUACAAUGAAGCCACAGGUGGUAAAUAUGUUCCCCGUGCUGUGCUGGUGGAUCUGGAGCCAGGAACCAUGGACUCUGUGAGAUCCGGACCCUUCGGCCAGGUCUUCAGGCCAGACAACUUUGUUUUCGGCCAGAGUGGUGCUGGCAACAACUGGGCCAAAGGUCACUACACAGAGGGCGCAGAGCUGGUGGACUCCGUCCUGGAUGUAGUGAGGAAGGAGGCAGAGAGCUGUGACUGCCUGCAGGGCUUCCAGCUCACACACUCUCUUGGUGGUGGUACUGGCUCUGGGAUGGGCACACUGCUCAUCAGCAAAAUCCGUGAAGAGUACCCCGACCGUAUUAUGAACACCUUCAGCGUGGUGCCCUCACCCAAAGUAUCAGACACAGUCGUUGAGCCCUACAACGCCACACUGUCAGUCCACCAGCUUGUAGAAAACACAGACGAAACCUACUGUAUUGACAACGAGGCUCUGUAUGACAUCUGUUUCCGCACCCUUAAACUUACAACCCCAUCAUAUGGUGACCUCAACCACCUCGUCUCUGCCACCAUGAGCGGCGUUACCACCUGCCUCAGGUUCCCCGGACAGCUCAAUGCUGACCUGAGGAAGCUGGCUGUAAACAUGGUGCCAUUCCCUCGUCUGCACUUCUUCAUGCCAGGCUUCGCUCCCCUCACAAGCCGAGGCAGCCAGCAGUACAGGUCCCUCACUGUACCAGAGCUCACCCAGCAGAUGUUCGACGCAAAGAACAUGAUGGCUGCCUGCGACCCACGUCACGGCCGCUACCUGACAGUGGCUGCUAUCUUCCGUGGCCGCAUGUCCAUGAAGGAGGUGGACGAACAGAUGCUGAAUGUGCAGAACAAAAACAGCAGCUACUUCGUUGAAUGGAUCCCCAACAACGUGAAGACCGCUGUCUGUGACAUUCCUCCCCGUGGCCUCAAGAUGGCUGCCACAUUCAUCGGCAACAGCACAGCCAUCCAGGAGCUGUUCAAGCGCAUCUCUGAGCAGUUCACAGCUAUGUUCAGGCGCAAAGCUUUCCUCCAUUGGUACACCGGAGAGGGUAUGGAUGAGAUGGAGUUCACCGAAGCUGAGAGCAACAUGAACGACCUGGUGUCUGAGUACCAGCAGUACCAGGACGCCACCGCCGAGGAGGAGGGAGAGUUUGAGGAGGAAGGCGAGGAGGACCUUGCCUAAACCUUAAAUUGUCCAAAGCUUUGCUGUCAAAUCUGCCAUGAAAACGUAACGUUCCAACCAAGUCUUUUCCAGUUUUCAGUGUUCUGUCUGCUGUUCAUGUGAAUAAAAGUUUCUUCUGCA